AUGGCUGCCAGCGGUCCCGACAGGAACGGUCAGGACAGCAUCCUGGAGCCUCUGUGUUUCCCGGAGCGGCCGGCCUGCAGCUGCAGUGCUGUGGGGGUGCAGAGUGGGGGCGCCGAGCUGCUGGUCUGCCUCUUCUGCUCCGAGUCGGUCCCCACACAGCAGAAAGACGCUCUGCUCAGACACCUCCUGCUGGAGCACAAGCUGGUGAUCGCCGACGUCAAACUGAUCGCAGACCUGGCCAAGUACCUGCUGUACUGGAAGGGCCGGUUCAUGGAACAGUCACUCACUGACUUCUGCAGUGUGAUCAAGACCAACUCCACCGGCCCGGUCGAGAAACAGGAAGAGUACUUCCUGCUGUGUGACGUCCUUCCAGAAGACCGACUCUUCAGAGAAAAGCUCCAACAGAAACGACUGGAGGAGGUGCUGGAGCAGCAGCAGAGGGAGAGAGAGGACAGCAGCUUCCAUUGA